CUAAAAAAAACAUGUCUGCAAAAAAAAUGCAUGGGACUGAAUUUAAAUUUUAUAUAAAACAAUUUUAUUUAAACAGCAGAAAACUCAAGUAAUAAGCGCAGUGGCAGUGUGAAAAAUCCCUCCUUCCUCCGCCACCGCCUCCGCCGCCGGCCAAUCUCCAUCUCGACGAAGGAGAAAUGGGUUGCACGCCGUCCAAACUCGACAACGAGGACACGGUGCGGCGCUGCAAGGACCGCCGCCGCCUCAUGAAGGAGGCUGUCUACUCCCGCCACCACCUCGCCGCCGCGCACUCCGAUUACUGCCGCUCCCUCCGCAUGACCGGCUCCGCCCUCGUCACAUUCGCCUCCGGCGAAGCCUUCUCUAUUUCCGACCACGCCCCCGCCGUCCUCCGCCGCACUCCCACCACCCCACCUUCUACCCCCCCGCCGCCCCCCAUGUCCACCCACCGCCACCACAAACCUCCGCGGCGGCGGAGGCAGCAGCCCAUCAAACUACCCCACAUUCUCUCCGACUCAAGCUUCACUUCUUCUCCGCCGCCAAAUCACAAUUUCACCUACAACGCGAGACCCAAUUCAACCUACUCGACCACUCCUUCACAGACCUCUUCGAUAUGGAAUUGGGAGCAUCUCCACCCCCCGCCCUCGCCGCCGGACUCCGAGUUCUUCGACCAACUCAACCAAAACGGAGCUCCAACCAACCAAAACGACGACGAUUCAACCUCUUCCUCCUCCGACGAUCAUCCCUACGUCGACAACGACGAUAAAGCUUCAACCAUUACAUCCAAUUCGAAUCAGAAUCCAUAUGGGAAGCAAUUCGAUGACCUACAAUCAAAUUACUCUGUUUAUUCACGUCGCUCGGAAAUCAAUCAAACGAGGAAGAGGCGGGAAGCAGGCGGCGAGGAGACAGAGAGAGAGGAAAUUGAGUGCAGCGAGUGGGGCGAUCACGAUCACGAUGACUACACCAGCUCGAGCGAUGAGGGUGAGGAGGCGGAUUUGAAGUCAAGAUCCGAUUUCGGAGUGAGAAAUGAGGAUUCAGGGAGUGAGAGAGUGAAGGCGAACUCCAAGUAUUCGAGUAAAUUGGAGAAGAUUUCAUCGGAGGAUGAUGAUGGGAAGGAAGGUAGGAAUUCGGAGACAAGGAUUGUGGUGAGGCACAGGGAUUUGGUGGAGAUCGUGGCAGCUCUCAUGGAGUAUUUCGACAAGGCGGCUUCUGCCGGCGAGCAGGUGACGGAGAUGCUGGAGGCCGGCCGGGAUCAGCUCGAUCGAAGCUUCAAGCAGUUGAGAAAGAGAGUGUAUCAUUCAAGUGGAGUAUUGAGUAACUUGAGCUCAAGCUGGACUUCGAAGCCUCCAUUGACUGUUAAAUACCGGUUUGAGCCGAGCUCAGUCGAGCUAUCCGGUGGUACAAAGAGCUUGUGUUCCACUCUGGAGAGGCUCUUGGCUUGGGAGAAGAAACUGUAUCAGGAAGUGAAGGCUCGAGAAGGAGUGAAAAUCGAGCAUGAGAGAAAGCUGUCGGCACUUCAGGCACAGGAGUACCGCGGUGAGGAAGAAGCCAAGUUGGACAAAACAAAGGCCUCCAUUAAGAGGCUGCAGUCUCUAAUUGUGGUCACAUCUCAGGCUGUUUCAACCACCUCCUUUGCUAUCAUCGGCCUACGAGACUCUGAUCUCAUCCCGCAGCUCGUUGAACUCUGCCAUGGAUUCAUGUACAUGUGGAGAUCGAUGAACCGGUUUCACGCCCUCCAGAACGACGUGGUGCAGCAAGUUCAGGGGCUCGUGAACCACGCAGCAAAAGUAGAGUCCACAUCCGAUCUGCACAGGCAGGCGACGCGUGACCUUGAGUCGGCCGUAUCAGCCUGGCAUUCCAGUUUCUGCCACCUGAUAAAGUUCCAACGGCAUUUCAUCCGCGCCCUCCACGGCUGGUUCAAACUGACCCUCCUCCCCGUCCACGGCGACCCAGCUAAUGGCAACCGGGAGCUCUCCGAGGUCCUUGCCUUCUUUGAUGAGUGGAAGCUCGCCCUUGAACGUGUCCCCGACACAGUUGCCUCCGAGGCCAUCAUAAGCUUCAACAACGUGGUCCAUUCCAUAUACAUGAAGCAGACAGAGGAGGUGAAGAUCAAGAAGCGAACUGAAACCGCAUCAAAGGAGCUCGAGAGGAAGGCCUCCUCCAUCAGAAACCUCGAGAAGAAGUACUACCACUCCUACUCUAUGGUUGGCAUUGGACCUCCGGACACUGGGCCGAACAACGGGGAAGUUCUGGACGCGAGGGACCCACUGGCCGAGAAGAAAGCAGAGCUCGCUACGUACCAGAGGCGAGUGGAGGAUGAGAUGAUCAAACACUCCAAGGCAGUGGAGGUGACCAGAGCAAUGACAUUGAACAACAUCCAGACGGGGCUGCCCGGAGUCUUUCAAGCUAUGACGAGCUUCUCUGCUAUGAUAUCCGGAGCUCUCGACUCCGUGUGCACCCGUUCUUACGCCAUUUAGUAGCUAGACACUGUCUGUGAGGUUAUUCAUUCAUCUCUCUUUUUGGUGGUUAAGGUUGAUGCUGAGGCCGGAAUUUUUUUGUCAUGGUGGCUCUGUUUUUGAUAGUUUUUCCCUUUGAAUAUCGAAAUAUUGGUAUAAGAAUAUCUUUGUACAGAUAAGUGCUGUAAUUCUUGUUGUAUCAGAUGUUUAAAUUUCAGCAAUCAAUGGUUGGAUUUGAAGAA